AAAAAAUGCCUAAGGACUGCAAUGCUUUUCAGACGUUCAUGGCAUCUCUCUGUUGCUUUUAUCAUCAGAACUCCAUUCUUGGGGUCAAGUUUUUAAAGGAGAAGCAGGUGAUGGACAGUUCCCCAGAAAAACUGAAGAAGGAGCUGGAAGAAGAAUUGCAGAUGAGCAGUGAUGAUUUACGGAGCCAUGCUUGGUAUCAUGGACGGAUUCCACGGCAGGUGUCUGAGAGCCUCGUUCAGAGAGACGGUGACUUUUUGAUCAGAGAUUCUCUCUCCAGUCCUGGCAAUUUUGUCCUUACCUGUCAGUGGAAAAACAUCUCUCAGCAUUUCAAGAUCAAUAAAACUAUCGUGCGGCUCAGCGAAGCUCACUGCCGGGUGCAGUUUCACUUUGAAGACGAAGGCUUUGACACUGUCCCUGGCCUGGUGCGAUGCUACGUGGGAAAUCGCAAGCCCAUAUCAAAGCAGAGCGGAGCGAUUAUAUUUCAGCCCAUAAACAGAACGGUUCCUCUGAGAUGCCUGGAGGAGAAAUACGGGAUUUCUCCAGUCCUGCCAAGAGAAGAUAGCAUUCCAGAGGGGCAAGUAGAAACCCCACAAAGGCUGAGCCUUAAUAUGUGCAAUCGACAAUCCAGAGAGUCCACUUUAGGAAAUCUUUUAAGAAACAAAGAAAAAAGCGGUAGUCAGCCCGCAUGUUUGGAUCACCUGCCGGAGAAGCGAUUCCCCUUAAAGACUCAUCAGUCGGAAAGCUAUCUGCCAAUAGGUUCAAGACAUCCUUCCCAAGGAACAGAAACUGAAAACAGUCCUUGUACGAAGCCUCCGGCUUUUAGAACUGGCAGUGAACCUAAUCUGAGCCCCCUGUUCUUCCGGAGAUUUGCUUCAGAGUUGCAAAUUAGUGAUGCGCUCAGGGGGUCUGACAGCCAACUUCAUUUGAGACCCCCACCAAAGCCCAGUAAACUGCCAUUUCUGAGGCCACUGCAAGGCUUGGAUGUCCUCUAUUGUGAAUUGCACGCAGCUCUUCCCACAGAGGGCAGGCCAACAAAGCAACCUUUAUGUCAGAAGAACAGCUUUGUAGAGCAUCUGACAACGAAGGACAAUGGGACCCAUUCAGCCUUGAUCCUGGAGGACAAUGACUCCUUGCCGAGUUCUGUGGAUCCACAGACAGCUCAGUUGGAGAGAAGCAAAGAGUGUCCCAUCUUUGUCACACCUGUCAUUGAGAAGGUCUCUGGUUUCAGGCCAAACCAUUUUGAGUCAAAACUUCUUCCCCUAGAAAACAAGCCCUUGGAGACCGCAAUGUUAAAGAGAGUGAAAGAGCUCUUUGUGAAUAAUGACGCAAAAGUCAUUGCCCAGCAUAUACUGAAGAUGGACUGCAAGGUUGCUAGGAUACUUGAGGUCUCCGAAGAGACGCGGAGGAUCAUGGGAGUGAAAUCAGGCUUGGAGCUGAUUACCUUGCCCUACGGACACCAACUGCGCCUGGAUCUAAUUGAAAGGCAUUCUACGAUGGCAAUAGGAAUUGCGGUGGAUAUUCUCGGCUGCACGGGAAAUUUAGAAGAGCGUGUUGCCACAUUAAACAGGAUUAUCCAGGUUGCAGUCGAACUAAAAGACUCCAUGGGGGAUCUGUAUGCCUUCUCAGCUAUAAUGAAAGCUCUGGAAAUGCCUCAGAUUGCCCGGUUGGAGCAGACGUGGACCAGCUUGAGGCACUGUCACACACAAACGGCCAUUAUGUAUGAGAAACAGCUGAAACCUUUCAGCAAACUCUUACACGAAGGAAAAGAGAUCACUUGUGUGUCGCAAAACGUCGUCACUGUGCCAUUGCUGGUGCCUCUGGUUACCCUGCUGGAGCGUCAAACUGUGGUCUUUGAGGGAAUGGAUGUGUGGGAAAACACUGACCAGAGCUGUGAAAUCAUGCUGAAACAUUUGGCGACGGCUCGUCUGAUAGCACAAAACGCAGAGCAGUAUAGCGCAAAUGCAGAAAGGAUCCUUACAGGUUUUCAGCCAGACGAUGCAAUGAACGAAAUCUUCAAAACAGAAUUUCAGAUGAGAUUGCUCUGGGGCAGCAAAGGAGCCCAGGUCAACCAAAAUGAAAGAUAUGAAAAAUUCAAUCAAAUUUUAACUGCACUCUCCCGAAAAUUAGAACCCCCUCUUACCAAGCAGAUGGAAAAUAGAAACGCCUGAUGGACUCUCAGCUAAAAAGAAAUUGGCAGAAUUGCCAAGAAAGCAUUGUUUU